CCGCAGAAUCUGGGACUGCUGCCACCGUCCUCCCCCCGCGCCCUGCCGCCUGCCUCUGAAUUGGCGCCUCUGCCCUCCGCUGCUGGCCCGACUCCACCGCGCCCUGCCCCUCGCCCUGCUGUCGCCGUGUCCAGACGAUGCUCCAGCCGCCCGCGACGGCGCAGCCAGAAGAGACGGACAUCCCAGGAAUCUUCACCAGCGAGCAUGUCGAGCUCGACGUGCCCAACGUAGGCAGCGACGGCCGCCCGCCCGCCGUCAAGUACACGUCGCUGCCCGCCUACCACUCGCCGCUGCGGCACCACAAGCGCGCGGCCUCGUCGACGCGCAGGGUCAAGGAAACCCUCAACGCGCGCUCCGAGUACAGCAACUCUGAAGACGACGGCACCGCCCAGCACCGCAUCAACCAGUACCUCAUCAAGCAGGAGAUUGGCCGCGGCUCGUUCGGCGCCGUCCACCUCGCCGUGGACCAGUACGGCCAAGAAUAUGCUGUCAAGGAGUUCUCCAAGUCGCGCCUGCGCAAGCGUGCCCAGUCCAACCUGCUGCGCCGCCCCUCGGCCCGCCGACGACGGCAGGGCGCCCUCGCCGCCGGCCUGGGCUUCAACUCUCCGCUGCACAGACACUCCGCCGGCCGCGAAGAGGACCAGAGCUCGCUGGACCUGAUAAAAGAGGAGAUUGCCAUCAUGAAGAAGCUGAACCACCCGAACCUCGUCUCGUUGAUCGAAGUGCUCGACGACCCGGACGAGGACUCGCUGUACAUGGUCAUGGAGAUGUGCAAAAAGGGCGUCGUCAUGCAGGUAGGUCUCGAGGAGCGCGCAGAUCCGUACCCGGAGGAGCAGUGCCGGUGCUGGUUCCGCGACAUGAUUUUGGGCCUGGAAUAUCUGCACGCCCAAGGCAUCAUCCACCGUGACAUCAAGCCCGACAACUGUCUGAUUACCGGCGACGACGUCCUCAAGAUUGUCGACUUUGGCGUUUCCGAAAUGUUCGACAAGCAGGACCAGAUGAAGACGGCCAAAUCCGCUGGGUCCCCCGCAUUCAUGCCCCCAGAGCUGUGCGUGGCCAGGCAUGGAGAGGUCGAUGGCAAAGCUGUCGACAUCUGGUCCAUGGGCGUCACCUUGUUCUGCUUGCUGUUCGGACGGAUACCCUUUGAGCGACACGGCAUGAUCGAGCUCUACCAGGCGAUACGCAUGGAGCAACCCGAGUACGACGAAUGCGACGACAAUCUCAAGGAUCUGCUGCAGAAGCUUCUGGAGAAGGAUCCGCAAAAGAGAAUCACCAUGGAGCAGAUACGAGAACACCCGUGGGUGACCAUGAACGGCACCGAUCCUUUACUAGCCCGGGGCGAGAACGUAGCCGCUAUAGUCGAGCCUACGGACGAGGAAGUCGAUGCCGCCAUCACUGGGAACAUGGGGCAUUUGGUCACAGUGGUGCGAGCAGUAAAACGAUUCAAGCAGCUCCUCUUCCGGCGAAGACCAGAACGUCUAGAAGGUAUACUGGGCAGUGCUUCCCGCAUCGUACAGCCGCCACUUUCGAUGCGACCGUCCGGGCUGCGCAAGUCAAAAUCGCAGGACGCUGACGACCGCCGGCCCAUCGAGGGCGCGCUCGCAACCGAAGGCGUGCACCACGACAUCGAGAUCGACAACGACGUCCGGCGCUUACCUCAGGGCAUAGAUAGAGUCGCCUACGAGAAGCCCGGCUUCCGCCCUGCCAUCUCCAGCUCCAGAAGCCACCCUACCAAAGCCGGCCUGGCAAGCACGCCCACACCUCCACAGCCCGUUGGAAUCACCGACGCCAAGGUCAUCCACGAAAACAUGUCCUACCGCCCCGCUCCCAGCAGACCCAUCACCAUCCCCGCCGGCCCCGUACCUUCUGCCCCAGGCACCCCCGUCGGCAAAGGCCACGCCCACGACCCCCUCCAAGACACGCUCUUCCUCGACAUUGGCACCGGCGAAGACAGCGUCGCGCCCGGCGACGACACGCACAUUGUCAGCGAGUCCCCCGGCGCCGUCGACAUCAACGUCUACGAAACCGCCUACCGCGAAGAAGUCGACCGCAUCCUCUCCCGGCAGCAAGACUCGGCGGCCACGCCCGGCGCAACCACGGCCCGCCGCCCGACGCUGUACCUCACGCGGCGCAUCGAGAACGUCAAGUCCAUCAUCCGCGACGCGCCGGAGGCCGUCUUCGACCACGGGAAGCAGCCGCCCACCCCCUCGGACCUCAAGACGGGCUUCAAGGGGCUCGUGGAGAAGGCGAAGCUCAACAUCGAGUACCGCGGCGAGUGGCAGAAGCUGAACGAGGGAAAGGAGGGCAAGUUAUCCCGGAUCACGCGGAAUGUGCGCGAGAAGAAGAGGGCGGUUGAGGAGGAGCGGGAGAUUAUCCGGAGAGAGGAUCGCGAGAGGGAGAGGGAGAAGGCGUUGGGGCUGGCGGAGAGGAAGGAGAGUUUCAAGGGUGAGAAGGAUGGGGAGAAGGAGGGCCGGAGAGGUAGUGCGAGCUCGAGGAGUAGUACGCCGGUGCCGGGGUUGAAGGGUGCGAGUCGGAGCGGGACGCCGGUGCAGUAGGUGUGCGGCGGGGAGGUGAAGACCUUGGGGAAUUGGAGGGGAGGGCGAAGCGGGGGAAGGAAAGCGUAUCAUUAGCGAGGAUGACGG